UAUUUUUGAGAUGGUAUUUCAGCCAAACGUUUUAAAAUUUAUUUUCUUAGUAUUAUAAAUGAUAAUUGAGUUCAGUGAAAUAGAGAAUGUCUUUGGCGGGCGAUCAACAAUUUUGUUUGAGAUGGAAUAAUUUUCAAGCAAACAUAACUUCUCAAUUUGAAACAUUGCGCGACGACGAGGAUUUUACUGAUGUGACAAUUGCCUGUGAAGGGCAGAGAUUACAGGGUCAUAAAGUUGUAUUAUCUGCUUGUAGUCCGUUUUUCAAAGAACUGUUUAAAACAAACCCAUGCUCUCACCCCAUUAUUUUCAUGCGAGAUGUGGAGGCUCGUCACAUUAUAGCAUUAAUGGAGUUCAUGUACGCAGGAGAAGUGAAUAUAGCCCAAGCUCAUUUAUCAACAUUUCUCAAAACAGCAGAAUCUCUGAAAAUUCGUGGAUUGACAGAUACUUCAGCAGACUUCAAAAAUGAUGGAGACACCCUAUUUUCAAACCAUCAAAAAAGUUCCAUACUGAAAAAUAAUUUAUGUAAAACACCAGCAAUAUCAUCUUCAAGUACCGUAACAUCUAGUCAAGACAUACCUGAUAUCAGCUUACCAAAUGAGUCAAGUCCACCUUUGAAGAGGGUUUGUAAGUCUGAACCUCAGCUAUUCCAUUUGAAAAAGGAGGAAGCAAUUAAUCCUUUCGCUUUUAUUGAGAAUUGCAAUCAGAUGGAAACACUGAAAAGUAUACAGCCAAAAGUAGAGCUUCCUGACUAUUUGAGUGAUGAGGGAGAUGAAGAUGUUGAUGAAAAUGAGACUGAUGGUUUGUCACAUUUUUAUCCAACAGCAGACUUAACCGAAUUACCAGGUGGAGUGGAAGUUACUCCUCAAAUAACGGGUUUCAAUGGGAAGGACGUUAUUAAACAGGAACCUUUUGGACAAGGCACUGACAUUCGAAAGCUGCACUCGCUGGACCCCCGACCUUGCGAUGAAUGCGGUAAAAUAUACAGCAACCUCUCCAACUUGCGGCAGCACAUGAGGCUCAUCCAUUAUCCUACUUACGUGCAGUGCAGUUUCUGCCACAAGCAAUUCAAAACGGAUCUUUACUUGCGCAGACACAUCAUGAGUGCCCAUAGUGGUCUAAAUAUAGGUUAUUUCAAGACUAGCAUGCCGAAUGAUAUAAGAACUUUUCAUAAUAUCAAAUAUUUUGACGUUAAUGCUAUUCAUAAGAAUAAUGUACCCCCGAAGUAUGAUAGAGUAGGAAUAUAUUCAAAUCAAAAGUGAUUAUAUCAUUAUCACUAAGGUUCAUUUGACCCAAGUUCUUUUUUAGAUAGGAUUGCUUCAAGUCCGAGGUUGUAUCCAUUUUUGCAAAGCUAAUAUAGACUUUCGAAUGA